GUCUUCAAUGGCGAAAUCUUCUGUAUUCAUUUACAAUGUCCCAAAGCAACAAUUUCCCCCAACUUUCAAGCUAUUCUUCUUCUUCCUACCAAUAGGUUUAGCCCUCACUAGCUUCUUUCUGGUUUUCAUUUACAUUUACACCACUUCAAGUGUCUUAACAAACCCCCAGUCCACUACUUUCUUACAACCUGCCACAAAUUAUUCUCUGUUUGAUCUGAUCAUCCAAGUUCCCACUGACAAUGAGGAGACGAUCCCGUUUUCGAUCGACAAUACUGCUGAAGAUUUGUUCUUUGAUCUUCCCAGAACUUCCAGUUAUUCAAAGCAGAUUCAAUGGUCUCUUCCACUUGGAGAUCUCUUUGGCUUUACUGGAGACAAUAUGAAUAACACAGAGAUUUAUCAUGAUACGGAGACAUUUCUUGAAGAUUAUAAAGAAAUGAAUAAGAGUUUUAAGAUAUUCGUUUAUCCCCAUAAACCUGAUGAUCCCUUUGCAAACGUGCUGUUGCCUGUGGAUUUUGAUCCCAAAGGUCACUAUGCCAGUGAACUUUACUUCAAAAAAGCUCUUUUCAGUAGCCAUUUCAUCACCAAGGAUCCCAACCAAGCUGAUCUUUUCUAUAUGCCUUUCUCCAUUGCUGACAUGCGCCAUGACCCACGAAUUGGUCCUGAGGGACUGCAAGAUUUCAUCAAGGAUUAUAUCUUCAACAUCAGUAGUAAGUACCCAUUCUGGAACCGGACCGGUGGGGCCGAUCAUUUCUACGUUGGGUGUCAUUCGAUCAGCAGAAUCGCCUUGGAUAAAGCUGUUGAAGCUAAAGAAAACGCCAUUCAACUUGUAUGUUCAUCCACAUAUUUUGUGCCGAGCUAUUUUCCUCACAAAGAUGUCUCUUUACCUCAAAUUUGGCCUAAAGAACGAGAUCCGAAAUCAAUCGUUUCAUCGAAAAGGAACCAACUGGCCUUUUUCGCAGGACAAGUGAAUUCGCCAGUAAGAGCAGCUCUUUUGAAACACUGGGUCAAUGACACCGAGAUAUUCGCACAUUUCGGACGACUUGAGACCGACGACGGCGAAGAACAACUCAGAAGCAAGUUCUGCCUACACGUGAAAGGCUUCGAAGUGAACACGGCAAGAGUAACCGAUGCGCUGCACUACGGGUGUGUGCCGGUGAUUCUUGCUAAUCACUAUGAUCUUCCAUUCACUGAUAUUCUCAACUGGAAAAGCUUCUCGGUGGUGGUGCAUUACGUAGAUAUCCCGGUGUUGAAAAAGAUUCUGCAAGGGAUAAGCUUUGAAGAGCUCUCAUGGCUGCAAAACAAUGUUGUGAAAGUGAGGAAACAUUUUAAAUGGAAUGCUCCAGCGGUUGAUUAUGAUGCAUUUUAUAUGUCCAUGUAUGAACUAUGGAUCAGAAAAAGUUCAGUCAGGGUUCGAUUAAGUGCAUCCAGGGAAUAUAUAUGAAGAUUCACACCAGCUUUCGGCAAAUAUGCAACCUACUUUUUUACUUGUUAUUCUUCUUCUUUUUUCCUAUGACCCCCGGUUGGAAUCAUAUUGCGUUUGAUUAUUUGGCACCCGGCCCUAUCAUUUCUAAUAGGGUUUUUAACUUAGAAUAUUAUCACGUUGAACUUAAAAAGUUAUGCAGUUCGUAACAUUUUUAGUUACAACUAAAAAAUGUUAUAUUA